CAGAUUGGCCUCAUCCCACAGAUUUCCCUAGAGCAGCUAGCCAAAAGCAGUCCAGGGUGGUCGGGAGAGGAGGCUGUUUGGGGCAAGCUGGUACACACACACACACACGCACACACACACACCAUCUCCACUCUCUCUGUCUCUGUCUGGAUUGGCUGGAUCCCCAGCCCAGAGCCCGCCCUACCCUACUUCCUGCCUCUCCACUGCCCUGAGCCCCCUUGUUCUCUUUCCCACUGCCUGCGGGAUGCUGCAGCUGAGCCAGUCCUGGCUGGGGCUGGGGCUGGGGCUGGGGCUUGAGGCAGUCUCCCCAUGGCUGCUCCUGCUGCUGGUUGGUGCCUCCUGGCUCCUGGCCCGCAUCCUGACCUGGACUCACGCUUUCCAUAAAAUGUCUCGAACCCUCCGAAGUUUUCCAGAACCUCCCAGAUGGAACUGGUUCUUGGGGCAUCUGCACCUGAUUCAGAGCUCAGAGGAAGGCCUCCUGUACACCCAGGGCCUGGCACGCACGUUUGGGGAUGUGUGCUGCUGGUGGGUGGGGCCCUGGCACGCAGUCGUCCGCAUCUUCCACCCCACCCACAUCAAGCCUGUGCUCUUUGCUCCAGCUGCCAUUGCACCCAAGGACAGAGUAAUAUACAGAUUCCUGGAGCCAUGGCUGGGGGAUGGGCUUUUGCUGAGCGCCGGUGACAAGUGGAGCCGCCAUCGUCGCAUGCUGACGCCCGCCUUCCAUUUCAACAUCCUGAAGCCCUACAUGAAGAUUUUCAACAAGAGUGUAAAUGUUAUGCAUGCUAAGUGGCAGCGCCUGGCCUCGGAGGGCAGUGCCCGUCUGGACAUGUUUGAGCACGUCAGCCUCAUGACCCUGGACAGUCUGCAGAGAUGCGUCUUCAGCUUCGACAGCAAUUGUCAGGAGAAGCCCAGUGAUUACAUUGCUGCCAUCUUGGAGCUCAGUGCCCUUGUAGUCAAAAGACACCAGCAAAUCCUCCUGCACACAGACCUCCUGUACUACCUCACCCUCAAUGGACAACGCUUCCGCAGGGCCUGCCGCCUGGUGCAUGAUUUCACCGAUGCCGUCAUCCAGGAGCGGCGCCGCACACUCCCUAAUCUGGAGAUUGACGACUUCCUCAAGGCCAAGGCCAAGACCAAGACUUUGGACUUCAUUGAUGUGCUCCUGCUGACCAAGGAUGAAGAUGGAAAGCAUUUGUCAGAUGAUGACAUACGGGCAGAGGCUGAUACCUUCAUGUUUGAGGGCCACGACACCACGGCCAGCGGUCUCUCUUGGGUCCUGUACAACCUCGCACAGCACCCAGAAUACCAAGAGCGCUGCCGGCAGGAGGUGCGGGAGCUGCUGAGAGACCGGGAACUUAAAGAGAUUGAGUGGGACGACCUGGCCCAGCUGCCCUUCCUCACCAUGUGCAUCAAGGAGAGCCUGCGGCUGCACCCUGCGGUCACGGUCAUCUCUCGCUGCUGCACCCAGGACGUGGCACUCCCCGACGGCCGGGUCAUCCCCAAAGGCGUCAUCUGUGUUAUCAGCAUUUUCGGGACCCAUCACAACCCAGCUGUGUGGCCGGACCCCGAGGUCUAUGACCCCUCCCGCUUCGAGCCAGAGAAGGUCAAGGACAGGUCGCCGCUGGCGUUCAUCCCCUUCUCAGCCGGGCCCAGGAACUGCAUCGGACAGUCGUUUGCCAUGGCCGAGAUGAAGGUGGCGCUGGCGCUCACCCUGCUGCGCUUCCGCGUCCUGCCCGACCGCGCCGAGCCGCGCAGGAAGCCGGAGCUGAUCCUGCGCGCCGAGGGCGGCCUCUGGCUGCGGGUGGAGCCGCUGAGUGCAGGCGCGCAGUGACCACCGCGGCCGGCCUGGGCCCCACCCGAGCCCACGCAUCCAGCUUUGCACAAUCCCAGGAAUAAACUGUGCUCUCUCCUCUGCCUGA